UACAAUUACCCAACUAGUGCUGGUUCCGGAGUAAACGUUUACGUAGUUGACACAGGAAUUGAUAUUAAAAAUGCUGAAUUUGAGGGAAGAGCAAGUUUUGGAGGUAGCUUUUGCGCUGGUUGUUCAUCAACCGAUGAUAAUGGCCACGGAACCAACGUUGCUGGUAUUAUUGGGGGUAAGAAAUAUGGAGUUGCCAAUAAAGCAACUCUCAUUGCAAUUAAGGUAUUAGAUCAAAGUGGGCAAGGUUCUUCAACAACAGUGGUGGCAGGAUUGUCUUACGUAAUCCUCCAACACUCAAAAAGUUCAAAUAAAAAAACGGUGGUCAAUUUGUCACUUGGAGGAGCAUAUUCUCAGGCAAUUAAUCAAAUGAUAAGCCUUUGUAGUAAUGCUGGUAUUCACGUAGUGGUAUCAGCAGGUGACGAUUCAAGUAAUGCAUGCAAUGUAUCGCCAGCAUCAGCACCACAAGCAAUUACUGUUGGUGCCACGGAAAAAUCUACAAAUAAAAUUACAAACUUAACUAAUACCGGAUCCUGCGUAAAAAUUUUUGCUCCAGGAGUGGAUAUUGUUGCAGCGGGUGCUUUACUAACUAAUUCAUUAUCCAAGGCUUCAGGAACCAGCCAAGCUUGCCCACACGUUGCUGGUACUGUCGCUUUAAUCAUUAGCAAAAAGGGCAACAUGAACCCAUCAUUAAUGAUAAAUGAAUUAAUAACAUUAUCUACCAAAAAUAUUUUAACAAACCUACAAAAUGCUACGCCUAAUAGAUUUUUACGUAUACCCAGUCCAUAA